UUGUCAGCUAAGUAUCCCUAAACAAUAUGGUCUGGUUUUUUGUUUGUUUGUUUUUUUGGUUUUUUUCAGACGGAGUUUCACUCUGUCACCCAGGCUGGAGUGCAGUGGCAUGAUCUCGGCUCACUGCCACCUUGGCCUCCUGGGUUCAAGCAAUUCUCAGGCCUCAGCCUCAUGAGUAGCUGAGAUUACAGGCGCUGUCCACUGCACCUGGCUAAUUUUUGUAUUUUUAGUAGAGACGGGGUUUUGCCAUGUUGACCAGGCUGGUCUUGAACUCCUGACCUCAGGCGAUCCGCCCGCCUUGAUCUCCCAAAGUGCUGGGAUUACAGGUGUGAGCCACCGUGCUCGGCACCUAAACAACAUAGUUUUGAUAUAGACAAGAAGACAAGAAAAUGAUUUGAGGACAGCUUCAAUCGCGGUGUGAAGAAGAAAGCAGCAAAACGACCACUGAAAACAACGCCGGGGGCAAAACAUCCAAAGAAAGGGUCCCAAGCGGUACAUCGUCAUAGCUGGAAACAGUCAGAGCCACCAGCCAAUGAUCUUUUCAAUGCUGCGAAAGCUGCCAAAAGUGACAUGCAGUUUUCCCAGCUGAGGUCCAGGCAUCAGGGAGCAGAGACAGCCCAUCUUUUCUGUGCACUUUGCAAAUUCCUGAUCGUGGAGCCCAUGAGCAUAAUAAGAUAGUGGUUGACAGCACUCAGUCUGGAGGGGUUUGUUAUGUAGCCAAAGCAACUGGAACCGGGCCUUAGAGUCAUAAGACUCCCAACGUUUGGACAUUCAUAUCAAGUUUUUUUUAAAAAUUGCUCAGCUGUGAAGGGUUCAUGCCAGCAAGCCCCCUGCCAGCCGUCCAGGACAGCCCAGGGCUCCGGCUUCUCAGCAGCACCUCCCACUGGCCAGGCGCAGGCCAGGCUGGACGAGCUGAGGCCAGCUUAGGUAGCAGGCAUGGAGGCCUUUGCCCAGCCUGAGGCGGAUUUCCCUGACUGAAGACCAUGUUGCAGGCCCACAGCUGCCUACAGGCCCUCUGGGCAACCGUCCCAAAAUAUGGCAAAGAAACCUAUUCUAAGAGAUAGGCUCUCACCAUGUUGCCCAGGCUGGUCUUGAACUCCUGGACUCAUCCUAAAGUGCUGGCCUCUCAUUCCCUGUCUGUGCACACCUCACGGCAAGGGCCAGCCCGUUUCCUCCCGGUCACCUCCAAAUCUUGCUGCUUUUAAUUCAACUCAGAGGUAUGCACUUGAGGUAGGAGGGCAGGGGAAGUGGGGAUGGCAGGACAUGGAUGGCCCUUGAGGCAUUGGCUCUGGGUGUCAUGGGCUGUGAGAGUCAAGAAGGGCAGUGGCCUGCCUGACUUGGGUUCGAAAGGGUCACUCUGGCCACUGCGGUGAGAAUUGAAACUAGCCAGGCCAAUUCUCCAUUGUUCCUGCUCUUCCAGGUAGGAGAAUAUUAGAUUAGGUCUGGAGUCAGAAGGUAGCAGGGGCUGGGGGUUGCAGGGGGAUGUUGGGAAGAAGUGGUCCUUUGGUCAGGGUGGGAAGCCAACAGGAUUUCCUGGUGCAUUGGAGGUGAAAGGGAAGAGGCGCUGGUGGUUGUGCUUUGGGCCCGAGCAGCCAGAAGCCAGUUGCCAUCACCUAUGACAAGGGAGACAGCGCCUGGGGCAGAGCCCAGUAUGGGGUGCAUUCAGGGUAGAUCAGGAGGUAUGAGUGGGCAGUGGGCGAGCCAGGCUGGGGGUUGUGGGGGAGGCCUGGGUUGCAGGUUUAAGCGUGGGACCCACAUCAGAUUGGUGGUGGGUCAUGCACGCUGGGCUUGCUCUCAGGUCCUCCCUGCUGGCUUCCCACUCCCAGGGACUUUCUCCUCCUAGAUUCCUUAGCUGGGUGAGGGGCAGGACAGAGCCCUUUCCUAGGGAAGCCCGGCACCCCUUGCUGUCCAGGGAAGGGGAGUCCUUCUAGCCCCUGACAGCUUCUCUGCCCCUCCCCUGGCCUCCCCAGGCCUAGCCAGGGUUGAGUUCUCACCCACCUGUGCCGCCCUGCCUUGUUACCUGGAAGCACAACCUUGGGGGCUGAGCAGGCCCUCACUGUCACUUUAAGAAGGGAAUAAGCCACUUUGUGCUCACCACCUCUGGGGAAGGUGUGAGAGGAGAGAAGGAAGUGGCUGUUUGGCUGCUGACAACAUGAAGACUUCCUGCGAUGAGAACAGAGGCACAGGUGCCGGCCCUGCAGCCCCCAGAACCCGGACUGGAGGGGGCCAUGGGGCACCGGACCCUGGUCCUGCCCUGGGUGCUGCUGACCUUGUGUGUCACUGCGGGGACCCCGGAGGUGUGGGUGCAAGUUCGGAUGGAGGCCACCGAGCUCUCGUCCUUCACCAUCCGUUGUGGGUUCCUGGGGUCUGGCUCCAUCUCCCUGGUGACUGUGAGCUGGGGGGGCCCCGAUGGUGCUGGGGGGAUCACGCUGGCUGUGUUGCACCCAGAACGUGGCAUCCGGCAAUGGGCCCCUGCUCGCCAGGCCCGCUGGGAAACCCAGAGCAGCGUCUCUCUUGCCCUGGAAGUCUCUGGGGCCAGCAGCCCCUGCGCCAACACCACCUUCUGCUGCAAGUUUGCAUCCUUCCCUGAGGGCUCCUGGGAGGCCUGUGGGAGCCUCCCGCCCAGCUCAGACCCAGGGCUCUCUGUCCCGCCGACUCCUGCACCCAUUCUGCGGGCAGACCUGGCCGGGAUCUUGGGGGUCUCAGGAGUCCUUCUCUUUGACUGUGGCUACCUCCUUCAUCUGCUGCGCCGACAGAAGCACCGCCCUGCCCCUAGGCUCCAGCCAUCCCACACCAGCUCCCAGGCACUGAGAGCACGAGCAUGGGCACCCAGCCAGGACUCCCAGGCUGCUCUCCACGUCCCUUAUGCCACUAUCAACACCAGCUGCUGCCCAGCUACUUUGGACACAGCUCACCCCCGAGGGGGGCCGUCCUGGUGGGCAUCACUCCCCACCCACACCACACACUGGCCCCAGGGCCCUGCUACCUGGGCCUCCACAUCCAUCCCUGCACAUGGCAGCUUUGUCUCUCUUGAGAAUGGACUCUACGCUUAGGCUGGGGAGAGGCCUCCCUGCACUGGUCCUGGCCUCACUCUUUUCCCUGACCUGGGGCCCAGGGCCGUGGAGGGACACUUAGGAGUUCGAUGAGAGAGACCAUGAGGCCACUGGGCUUUCCCCUUCCCAGGCCUCCUGGGUGCCACCCCCUUACGUUAUUCUUGGGCCUCUAAUAAGUGUCUCACAGGUGCCUGGCCAGGCCCACCUGCUGCGGAUGUGGUCUGUGUGUGUGCAUGUGUGGAUGUGUGUGGGCACAGGUGUGAGUGUGUGAGCGACAGUACCCCAUUCCAGUCGUUUCCUGCUGUGACUAAGUCAGCAACACAGUUCCUCUGACAUGGGCCUUGGCUGUGCUUCUUUGGGGGUGAAGAGAUUGGGGAGGAAGUCUCCACCCCUGGGAGGCAGAAGCCAGGCAUAGCGCGCUGGCUAGGACUCCAGUACCGUGAAGGGAGGCAGUGAGAGCAGACAUCUGUGCCUCAUUCCUGAUCUCAAGGGGAAAGCAGGAACAGGGUGUGUGCCAAGGAGGGGCAAGGGGCUGGGGCAGGGAUAGACGUGGCUGGUGAGGAAAGGAGGAUAGUUGUUGGGGGAAGGUGGGGACAUACAAGCAGCGGUUCUCAAAAUGGGCAGGGUCCUGGCCCUCUCCCUGCCUCUGCUGAACACUGCAUCCCAUGCCUCUCCCAUGGCCACCUGCUGGGCUAACGGGCUGGAUUUAGACUCUGCCCAUGUUGGAAUCAUGCCCUCCUCCAGGGCCAGCGCCUCCCAAAACCCCCCUCUGAGAGAGAGCCACAGCCCCAGGCUUAGCCCCAGGCCCUGUCACUGCUGUUGGGGGAGGGAGGAUGAACCACCCGGGAGGCCUCACACCAUUCCAGAGCAGAAAUCCUGACACAAAAGGAAUCUCCCAUGGGGGUUCAGCUGGGUCCAGAGCCCGGAAAGUGACAUAAACAUGCACCUUGCAUCUAAGGAGAAUGCACAUGGCGGUACCGGGCCUGAGGCCCCUGGGGAGUAUGUACCCUCCAGAGCUACCCAGAGGCUGUUGGCUGAAAGUUCUAUGUGGCCCCCUCCUCGGGCAGCCUGGUAAGCAGGUGACCUUCUAGCUGGGUCCCAUGGGCCACGGGCAAGGCAGGAAUGGAACGAAGAGUCAGUCCUCAGUGGCUGGGUGUUGUAUCCCAUGCCUAUAAUCCCAGCACUUUGGGAGGCUGAGGUGGGCAGAUCACUUGAGGCCAGGAGUUUGAGACCAGCCUGGCCAACAUGGUGAAACCCUGUCUCUACUAAAAAUACAAAAAUUAGCUGGGCGUGGUGGCACACACCUGUAAUUCCCAGCUACUUGGAAGGCUGAGGCAGGAGAAUUACUUGAACCCAGGAAGCAGAGGUUACCAUGAGCCAAGAUCACACCAUUGCACUCCAGCCUGGGCAACACAGCGAGAAUCCAUCUCAAAAAAAAAAAAAACGAAAAGUCCUCAGGCAGGGUGGGCCACCCUCUUGAGGCCUUGCCCAAACAGCCAGGGGGUCCCUUGUCCUCUCUUCAGCCCACCUUUGCAGGUGGGACCAGUUCAGUCCAAAGCCCCGGUGCCUCAGUUUCCCUGUGGGUUGAACGAGGAGAAUGAGGUGUGUAGGGCCUGGCUCAGACGGAGGGGUUUCCUGAGCAUGGGGAGCCUGUUUCCUCAGACCUGUGAAGGGAAGGAGGGCGGAUCGGCCUGACUGGCCCUGGGAAGCACAGAGCCUACUGGGACCAGAGAAGAGACUGACAAGAGAAGGGAGGCCUGUCCCUGCCUGCUUCUGUCUCAAGAAGAUUGGUAUCACUUCCUCUGGUGAAAUCCUGCCUUCCUGUCCCAAUGGCCCCUCAGCUGAUGCCACCUUACCCUGGAGAGGAUGGGCAGAGCCUCCUAUGGAGGGAGCCCUGUGGGUCACCAAAGCUCCAGUGACCACCCCCGGGCAAAGACCAGCAGAUCGCCUGUUAGAGACGGGCCCAGGACUUUGUGCGGGGUGCCCACUGUUGCUCUGAGCCUUCACUUCCUCAGGGAGGCUUCCUCAGGAUCUCGAACCUGCGGAAGGAGGACUAGUCUGUGUACUUCUGCCAAGUUCAGCUGGACAUACAGAUCAGGGAGGCUGUCGUGGCAGUCCAUCAAGGGGACCCACCUCACCAUCACCCAGGGUGAGUCCAGCUGCCCUGGCACCAAGGAACCUUCUGGUUCAGCCAUAGGCUCAGGUCAGCAGCGGACUAAAGCCACAACCCCAGCCAGAUAGCAGGGCGCCAAGCAGUGACUUCUGACCAACAGAGUGUGGGGAGAAGGGAUGUGUAUUAGCCCCGGAGGACGUGAUGUGAGACCCGCUUGUGAGUCCUCCACACUGGUUCCCCAUUGGCAAGAUACAUGGAGAGCACCCUGAGGACCUUUAAAAAGGCAAAGCCGCAAGGCAGAAGGAGGCUGGGUUCCUGAAUCACCGACUGGAGGAGAGUUACCUACAAGAGCUUUCAUCCAGGAGCAUCCACACUGCAAUGAUACAGGAAUGAGGUCUGAACUCCACUGAAUUAAACCACUGGCAUUUGGGGGCUGUUUAUUAUAGCAGUGCUAAGAGUUCCUUUAUCCUCCCCAAGGAUGGAAAAAUACAAUUUAUUUUGCUUACCAUACA